UCCUGAAACUAGGAGUUUUUGUUUUAAGUUAAUGCGAUGGGCAAGUGGAAAAAAGUUAAACUUGAUGACGCUUUUGCAUCUGGGUGGGACGAUAAUGCUUUUUGCCUGGGAAUAGAAGAGUUCGAUGAAACUGAUUUGAAGAACGAUCCGAAACCUGUUCAAGAUGAAAGUCAGUUUCCUGGAAAUGCCAAGAAGAGGAAGAAGACCAAAAAACUGGAAUCUUUGAAGGAGGAACAGCAGAAUAUAACUAAAAAAUCUCGUUUCUCAGAGAGGCAAGUUUCGAUAUCCAGUGAAAAGAAGAAAGCCAAGUCUAAAGUUUCAAAUGAUUUUUUCGACAAGGAGGGAAGUGAUGUUGAAGAUACAGUGGAUUUGACAGCCAGUGUAACAUCGGAAAUUAAUACAAAACAAACUUUAAAAGAUCAGUCGGAUAAACUAUCUGAUAAAACUAUUGUUGUCAAGGAUAGAACUUUAAUUAAUGAAAAACUGGCCAAAGUGACAAAAAAGAAGAAUAAGAAAAAGAAAGCUAAGGGAGGUUCUGUCAAUGAAGCAACUGCUCACGAAAGCUGGGCUGAAGUUGGAAAUAGGGUUGAAGAAAACGUUCGAGAUCAAGAAACCUCACCCGACAAAGUAUGGAAAGAUGUCUGCGGAGUUCCAGCUUCGGUUUUAGAUAAUUUGCAAAGACUGAAGUUUAUAACUCCUACUGAAAUUCAAAGAAAAAUUUUACCGAUUGCAGUUGACGGAAAAUUUGACAUCAUUGGAGCCGCGGAAACUGGAAGUGGUAAAACUCUUGCCUACGUCAUUCCUGCUAUAAAGCGCAUUUUAGAAGUAAGAUCUGGCUCUGGUCAAGUGAAAGGACCUAAAGUUCUGAUUAUACUACCUACGAGAGAACUUGCAGUGCAAGUCACCCAGCAUGUAAAAGAGGUUAUAGUGGGAGUUGUGCCGAAGAUAAGCUACGUGACUAUUGUAGGUGGUCUCGCUGUUCAUAAACAAGAAAGAGUUUUGAAAAAAGGAGCACCAGAUAUAAUUAUCGCAACUCCUGGAAGACUGAAUCAGCUUCUGAAUGGAAGUGAUAUUGAGCAUCUAAGCUUGCUGAUGAAUGUACGUUGUUUAAUUUUGGAUGAAGCGGAUCGACUUUGCGAGGCGGGUCAUUUCAAAGACUUGGAAAACAUUUUGAAGUUUGUAUACUCAAAGAGUAAAGCGAAUAACGAAGAGUUGGACGAAGAAGAACUUGCAACAGAAAGUAGAAAGGUUCGUAAAAAAAGGCAAACGUUGGUACUCAGUGCUACAUUGACUGUUGCGAAUAAAAAUAGUGCGCUCGGUAAAUCAAUAUCUUCAGAUCCAACUAUAGCAGCAAUUGCUCCAGUGCUGACUAAGUUAACUUUUUCAAAUCCACUCAAAGUUGUCGACAUUACACGAUCAGUGGUAACUGCUGAGAAUUUAACUGAGCAGAAAAUUCUUUGCGAAGCUGACGAAAAAGAUCUUUAUUUGUAUUAUUGUUUGAAAACUUUACCAGAAGGACGCAAGCUAAUUUUCGCUAAUUCCAUUGAUCAUAUUCGUCGAUUGCAUUCACUGUUUACUUUGUUACAGUUUCCAUGCAGAUGUUUGCAUGCUCAUAUGCAGCAACGUCAAAGACUUAAAAAUUUAGAAGCAUUCGCGAAGUCUGAAGACAGCGUUUUGUUUUGCACCGACGUGGCGUCCAGGGGACUUGAUAUUAAAAACGUGAGACAUGUCCUGCAUUACCAUCUCCCUAAAACUUACGAAACGUACGUGCACCGAAGUGGCCGAACUGCUAGAAGUGGUUUAGACGGUACCUCGAUAAUGCUCGUGUCUCAGCCAGAAGUUAAACUGUUUGUUAAAAUUUUGACAUCACUUAAUAAGAAGGAAGACAGCAUUGAAACUAUUCAAAUUGAUGCCAAGAUAGUUAAAAAUUUGAGUUCGAAGUUACAAGUUGCUCAAGAAAUUGAGCAGAUUGAACAUCGAAACCAAAAAGUGACUAAGGAAAAAUCUUGGGUUUCUAAUUUGGCCAAAGAGAUGGAUAUUGAGUUCGAAGAGGAUGAAAAAUUGACAGAACACAAAUCGACCAAAAAGUUGGAAAAUUUGAAAAUGCAGCUCAGUCAAAUGCUCGCUAUGAAAAGUGUCGACAAGCCAGCUGUUAAUAUAAGAAACCCUUGUGCAUAUAUAUCAGACUUGAAUUAAUUUUCUCAGCUCAGA